AUGGCAGAUCAAUAUCUUUUUGCUUUGUUUAUUCUACCAGCUCUCUUGUACCUUGGAUCAUACUUGAGAAACAAUCAUAACGCUGGCACCUUUCCGAGACCAUAUGCAUAUCCUUUUUUGGGUCAUCUUGUAGCAAUCUUCAGAAAUCGCAAUCAGAUUUUCGAAUGGAUUGCUGAGGUUGUUAACAAUUCACCUUCCGCCACUUUCCUCUUCCAUCUCCCGCUACGACGACAUCCUCAUAUCGUCACUGCUAAUCCUGCCAACGUUCAACACAUUCUCAAGACUCGCUUUGAUAUCUACCAUAAACACAGGAAAUUCCGAGUUGUUCUUCAUGAUUUGUGCCGAGACAAUGUUUUCCUAGCAGACGGCCAAGAAUGGAGAAAACUUAGGCAAUUUGCAAGCCGCGAAUUCAGUUCAAGAUCAUUUCAUAAGUUUGUCGAGUUAAUCACUGAGAAUGAAGUAUCCAAUCGACUACUUCCACUGCUCUCAGUUGCAGCUGCCAAUAAUGCAGUCAUCGACCUUCAAGACGUUCUUCGUAGAUUCACAUUCGAUAUUGCAGUUCAAAUGGGACUAGGCCAUGACCUAGCCUACUUAUAUAAUUUCCCUAAUUUUCCACCAACCAAUUUCGCUGACGCUUUCGAGUCUGCAUUUGAAAUCAGCAUGAAGAGGAUCCUUCAGUUUUUCUGGAAAGCCAAACGAUUUUUCAAUAUGGGCUCCGAAAGGGGACUCAAACGUGACAUCUCUGAAAUCCGAGAAUUUAUUAAAGAAAUAAUAAUCAAUAACCGCAGGCGGAGUAGUACUGGGGGCGCAGAUUUCUUAUCAGGAUUAAUGAAUGAUCCGGAAGGAAAAUUUGAUGAUGACGAGUUCCUCAUUGAUUCGUCUAUAAAUUUCCUUCUUGCAGCUCAGGACACUGUCAUUACAGCUUUAACAUGGUAUUUCUGGUCAGUUUCGAGAAACCCAAAGGUGGAAGAUAAGAUUGUCAAAGAAGUCAAAGAUGAGAAAAAGGAUAUUAGGGAUAUGAUAUAUACCCAUGCUUCAAUUUUUGAAAGCAUGAGACUUCACCCUCCAGUACCUUUUGGUGGAAGAGAAGCUAUACAAGACGAUGUGUUGCCUGAUGGUACCAAAGUGAAAAAGGGUAUGGCUGUUUUCUAUCCUACUUAUGCAAUGGGGAGGUCCCUGGAAUUGUGGGGUUCUGAUUGGCCGGAGUUCCGACCUGAAAGGUGGCUCAACAGAACUCAAGAAAAUCAUGAUGAAUGGACCUUCGUGCCUAGGGACUCAUUCACCUAUCCAAUAUUUCAUGGAGGUCCUAGAAUCUGCUUAGGGAAAGACAUUGCUUUUAUGCAGAUAGAAACCGUUGCCACCGCCGUAUUCCGCCGCUUUCACUUUGUGCCGGCCAUGGAGGAAGCUGUUUUUUUGUCUCAUUUCGCUCUAAAAAUGACUAAUGGCUUUCUUGUAAAGGUUGUUGAUCGUAACGCCUGA